AUAAUUUUACCCACCAAAUUUUGGUGUAAACGUGGCUGCGCCGGCUGAGAUUAAGAUCUUCAGAGCUGGGAGCUUCUAUGAGAGAGUGGAGAAAACAGAGAAAAAGCCAUGAAUGCCCCCGAUCGUUACGAACGAUUCGUCGUCCCCGAAGGAACCAAAAAGGUUUCUUACGAGAGAGACACGAAGAUUAUCAAUGCAGCGUCGUUUACUAUUGAGAGAGAAGAGCACACUAUCGGCAACAUUCUUCGCAUGCAAUUACAUAGAGAUGAGAAUGUGUUAUUCGCUGGUUACAAGCUCCCUCACCCUCUUCAGUACAAAAUCAUUGUUAGGAUUCACACCACAAGCCAGUCUUCACCAAUGCAGGCAUAUAACCAGGCUAUAAAUGACCUCGAUAGGGAACUUGACACACUGAAAAGUGCAUUUGAGGCUGAGGCUGCAAAGCAUUCAAGAGACUAUUAAUGUACAUUUCUUCAGCAGUUGUUUAAAAGUUUGGUCCUUGGUGCUGGACAGAAGUUAAGAAAUUCUUGUUAUUGUAAUGAACUAAUGUUUUGAGUGAUGAAUGCGUGGUGUAACAAGAGGUUUUGACAGCACAAAUUGGCAUCCUGAAUACAGCAAAAAUUUGCAGAUUGUUGAACCACCUUUAGUUUCUUAUUUUAUGAACAUUAAUGUAACAUGAGAUUCCACUUGUUUGAUCCA